AUGGGAAAGGCAGAUAAUUUUAGAUGUUUAGAUAACACUAAUGUUAAAAAUCUUCUGAUAUUUUUUAAUAGUUCGAUAAUCUUUGCAUAAAUUAUUGAAAAUCUAAUUAUUAGCAGAGGACCAUUUAUAAUGACUUGUUUGAUUUUUGUUUUGGUAAUGAUAAUUUAUUAAGCAUUAUCCUUUUAUUUUAAAACAAUGAGAAUAUAGCUUAUAAUAUACUGUUAAUAUUUUAUGCUCACAUUGUUCUCUGUGGAAUUACAAAUUGAAACAUAGUUUUUAAUUUUCUAAUAAUUAGCUAUAUUUGACACUGUGUUUUUCAAUAGAAAUGAAAAAAAAAAAAUAGUUUAAAAUAUACUAUUUUUUGGUGCCAUUGUUAUUAAUACAUAUGUAUUUCUUAGAAUUGGAUUUCAUAAUAAAUAUUUUACUGAUUUAAUAAAAGCAUUAUGUUAAUCAAUCUUACUGAAAUUAUUGUUAUAUUAUUUUAGAUAGGAACAUGAUGAGAAAUGUGAUUCAUUAAAAGAAAUAUAGAAAUUAAACAAUUAAGAAUUAGAACCAUCAGUACCAAGAAGUAAUAAUGUAGAAUAUGAAGCAUAAGAUUCUUCAAAACUUUUUAAGACUUUUGAUGUAUUACCUGAAGGUAUAAUAAUACUUGAAAAGACUUUGAAAGAUGAUUUUACAAUUAAAUAUUCAAAUUCAGCUGCUAAAUAUUUAGUAGAUGCUGAUGAUCAUGAUUAUAUGUUAUCUGAACUUUUAGAUCUUAAAAGUGUUUCUCCAAAAUAGAAAAGUGAAGAACAUUUAUACAAAUAUUCAUUCAGUAUUUAAUCUUAAUAAAGUGUGAAAAGAAAUAGUUUUAAAAUUAUUCCAAAAUAAUAACCAUAUAUUAAGUCAGCCUUUAAAUUAUCUUAAUAAUUUAUUAUAGAGAAUCAAUCAAAUUCAUAAAAAUAAGAAUUUUAAUCCAAUCAUGAUUUUUGUCUACAAUUUCCUCCAGUCCAAAUCAUAUUUCCAGGUACAUAAACAAAAACAGAAAAUAUGAAUCAUCCAAAUUCUCCUUCAAUUCAUUAUGCAACUUCACAUAAAAAAUCAUUAGAUGAUAUAGAUUCCUUUCAUUAUCUUUUAUCCUAAAUUUGGGUAUAAUUACAUACUUUAGUUAAAGAAAAAGUAUUAAAUUAUUAAAAUUAACCACUCUAUUAUAUACAUGAGAGUAAUGCUUUUGUAACCAAUAUUAAAAAGUUUCAAAAGAAAUAAUGUUUAGAUCUAAAAGUCUUUAGUGCCAUUCAUUACAAUAAACCAUUAUUAGUUAUCAUACUUAGAGAUGUUAAUCAUAAGGAUUAUAUUAAAGUAUUAAAAGAUUACAAUUCAUAAAAAUCAAAAACACUAUCAUUUGUAAGUCAUGAAUUUAGAACUCCAUUAACAUGUAUAAUAUAAAUGCUUGAAGAAGUUAUUGAAAAUAAAAACAGUUUAAAUUUGAGUGAAUAAUAACUCAUUCAAUCAGCUUUGGAUAACUCUAAAUAUAUGCUUAAUCUAUCAAAUGAUUUAUUAGAUUUGGCAUAAAUAAGGGCUGGUAAAUUUAAAAUUAGAAAUGCUAUAUUUGAUUUAAAAUCUCUCUUAAAAGAAUGUCUUAAUAUGUUUGAGAUAUAAGCAAUGAAAAAGAAUAUUUAAUUGAAUUAUUAUUAUGAUAAAACAUUACCAACAGAUAUUUGGAGUGAUUUAAAUAGAAUUAGAUAAAUAACUGUAAAUUUAAUUGGGAAUGCUUUAAAAUUUACUUUAGAAGGUUCUAUUACUUUGAGAGCUUAUUUAGAUGGACCCAAUGAAAUUUGCAUUGAAGUUAAAGAUACAGGUGUGGGAAUGAGAGAAGAAGAUUAACCAAAAUUAUUUAAAGCAUUUGCUAAAAUUGAAAAUAAGGAAGCUAGUUAAAUGAAUGCUUAAGGUGUAGGAUUAGGUUUAUUGAUAAGUAAUUCAAUUGCUACUUAAUUAAAUUCUGAAUAAAGAGGUUUAGGAUUUAGAUCAGCCUAUUAAGAAGGUACAACAUUUUGUUUUUUGGUUACAAAUAAUAAAUCAACUUAUACAGAUGAAAUAGAAAAUUAUGAAGAUUCGAAAAAAGAAUUAGAUUUAGAAACUAAAUUAAAUGAUUUUAGAAGAUAAUCAUAAAAUGAAAAGAAAUUUAUACUUUAAAAAAACUUUUGUUCUUGUCCAUAAAUUUUAUUGGUUGAAGAUAAUUAAUUUAAUGUGGAUUCGUUUUUACUAAAAUUUAAUAGAACUUUUUAAUCAUUAAUAAAACUAGAUUAUACAAUCUCUGGAUAAUUGGCUGAAUAAAAAGUACAAUAAAGAUUUUUAAAAUAAUAACACAUUUGUCAUCCUUACAAACUUAUAUUUAUGGAUGUAGAAUUACCAAUUUAAAAUGGUAUUGUGACAUCCAAAAAUAUUAAAAAUUACUAUAAAACUAUGAAUAUGCCAAUUACAAUUGUUGGUUGCAGUGGUUAUGCUGAAGAAAAAGAAAAAAAAGAAUGUUUACAAUAUAUGGAUGAUUACAUUGUCAAACCAGUCACUAAAUCUGAAUUAGAAAGAAUAAUGAAUACUUACUUUUUUAAAUGA